AUGAACAAAAAAGAGAUAAUUGAUAUUCAACCGCUCUUAAAAACCAAACUUUUGUUAGAAAAAGCCUUGCAAGAAGGAGCCAGUAGCGAAUUAGAAGAAAUGGGUGGCAUUCAAGCUUUUGAAAUGGCUUAUGAACUAAUUAUGAAUUUACAACUGGAAGAAAAACACGGAAAAAUAAUCCAACAAAUACUUCGCAAAUAUCCUUAUCACUUUUAUGCUUACGGCUCCCGAGUAAAAGGCACCGCGAGAAAGCAUUCUGAUUUAGACCUUUGCUAUCAGGAAGAAAUACCUCUUUCGGUUAUUAGCCAAAUGCGGGAAGAAUUUGCGGAAUCUAACUUGCCUUUUGAAGUAGAAUUAGUUAAUUGA